CGAAAUAAACUCGCAGAUAAUGAAACAUGGCUGUGUUAUUAUGUUGUUGCUUUUUAGGCCAAGGCUAAGUAUUUACCGUAUAUCAUUUGUCUGACGGUAAUGACAGAUAAACUUAGUGGAAUAUAAAACAUAGAUAGUAGAUCAAGCUAUUUUCGUUCGUGGUUAUCGGGACGGAAGACGAGAAAGCACUGUCGCAUCAUCCUAUUGUUUUGAGAGAGUUCCAAGUGAUGGUGAUGAUGUGCUUGUACUGAAUCAACUCGUCCUAACUAGGCUACGUGUGAAAACUGACUAGCAUUAGUGCAAGGCUUUUGCAAGAAGCGUUGUGUGUUACAAUUACUGUCAUUUAUAAAACAAUAAUGUGACUCAUUCCUUGGAUUUUUAAAAGUUUUUAACAACCUCGAAAACCCCGCGAAAUGUGAGAAUAAUCCGCGAAAUACUCUCCUUUGUUACUGAAAUUACGCGUUGCAAUCCAUGACAACAUCGAGAAAAGUGUACAGUUGUAUUCUUAUUCUAAUCCAUUAAAUGUCUAUAAACGAUUCAUGUUAAGGAACAUAUGGAUCAUGAGACAAAACUACUCUACGGAAAUGGUGGGAAAAGAGGUCCACCGGCACCUCUUAGUUCUGAAUCUGAUGAAGGGGAAGUUUUGGACCUGGAUGAGAAACCCCCAUCAUCACCGAGCAGCAGUACAUCAAGCGGUCCUAUCUACGUAAGGCCGCCAGGAUUUAACAAUCACGGAAAAGAUAUAAAGUUAAAAAAGCAAGAUACCCUUUUAAAAACUAAAAAAAAAUUAAAACUGCAGCCGUUUUCAAGUGAAUUUGCCAUAGCAAGUACCAGAUUUAAGCCUCAGUCAAGUGAAGGGGGAAGUCAGAAGCAUGUUGUAAACAAGCAGCUCAAACCAAAGAGAGACCCAAUGCCUAUGCGGAGACGUGCUUUACCACAAUCUUUCUGGCAACAGCCCAACAGUCCUGCUUCACUGCCCCCUGGUUCUACUUACACAGUUCUUCCUCCUCUUUGGAAGCAUGAAAAAACAAACGAAGACUUGAGUGAGGUAAGACCAGUGACACCACCAGAUGAGAGAGACAAAAACAGUGAUGAGAAAAAAGAGCCUAAACAAUCAAGGCGCCCUAUACGAACAAUCAGGACAACUGCCGCCAACACUGAUCUUCUCUAUAGCCUGUUUGAUGUUAUUGAUGUGGAAAAGAAAAGUAGUAAUAUAAUCAAGAGGGGAAGACCAAAGAAAGUGAAUAGGACUGACCGUAACAAAAAUCUGGUAGGGGAUGACCCGUUCAUGGUGCAGUCUGUUGAAAGUCUUCUUCCAAGUUUAUCCCUUGAAACAGGAGGAAACCAGGCAGUAACACCUCUUGCACAUCUCUCUGUAGUGUCUGUUAGGGAUGGUGACAAUACACUCUCUCUGCCAUCUCUUACUAUCGAUCAAAACUAUCCAGCUUUAUUAUCAGAAGUUGUCAAAGCUCUAUAGAUAAUAAACCUACAAAAGCAGUUCUGUCCAGUGGUGGCUCUAGGAUAUAUUUUCUAGGGGGGACUAAGUUGUCCGACAGGGGAGACUUGAACUCAUAGGCUCGAGCUGGGGGAAGGGGUUGAGAGUGGGUUCCCCUCCCAAAUGAGAUUUUUUAAG